AUGAAAUUCGCUACUGUUGCUUCUUUAAUCGGUUCUGCUGCAGUUGUUUCAGCUUUGCCGCACGCUAUCGUCAACUCCGACGACUGUACAACUACUAUCGAUGGCCAUCAACAUAAGAGAGCCGUCGCUGUUGAAUACGUCUACGAGACUGUUGUAGUGGACUCUAACGGUAACAGAGUUGCUGGUACCGGUGCUGCUUCCACUUCUACCACUGUCGCUGCCACUACUGCUACUACUAGCGCCUCCAUCGAUCUCGAAGAGGAUGAUACUACUCCAGUGGUUCACAAUCCUUCUGCGCAAACCACUUCGGUUCUAACUUCAUCCGUUAAGGAAGAUACCACUUCUUCCACCGAAUCAGCUGCUUAUACGACUACGGCAGCUGAAGUUGCCGCUACCUCUUCUGUGGAAACUGCCGCCGCCGCCGCCACUACCUCUUCUAUCGAAACGAGUGCUGCAGCUUCUACUUCCACCACCACUGCUUCCACUUCCACCCCUUCUGGUAGUAUCUACGGUGACUUACAAUCAUACGUAGACCCAACAGAAACGUUCACUGACGGUACUGUAGCAUGUAGUUCAUUCCCAUCCGGUCAAGGUGUCAUCGCCUUAGAUUGGUUAGGAUUCGGUGGUUGGUCUGGUAUUGAAAACUCAGAUGGUUCCACUGGUGGUACUUGCCAGGAAGGUUCUUACUGUUCCUAUGCUUGUCAACCAGGUAUGUCCAAGACUCAAUGGCCAGAAAGUCAACCAUCUAGCGGUGUCUCUAUCGGUGGUCUAUUAUGUAAAGACGGUUACUUGUACAAAUCUAGUACCUCCAGCGACUACUUAUGUGAAUGGGGUGUUGAUGCCGCUGUUGUCGUAUCUGAGUUAAGCGAUGAUGUUGCCAUCUGUAGAACUGAUUAUCCAGGUACUGAAAACAUGGUCAUUCCAACCUAUGUCGAAGGCGGUAGCAGUCUGCCAUUAACAGUUGUUGAUGAAGACACAUAUUACAUGUGGGAAGGUUCCAAGACCUCUGCUCAAUACUAUGUAAACAAUGCCGGUGUUACUUAUGAAGACGGUUGUAUCUGGGGUACAUCUGGGUCCGGUGUCGGUAACUGGGCCCCAAUGAACUUCGGUGCCGGCUACUCUGACGGCAUUAGCUACUUAGCUUUGAUUCCUAACCCAAAUAACGGUGAUGCUCUGAACUUCAACGUCAAGAUUGUCGCUUAUGAUGACGACUCUGUUGUUACCGGCGAUUGUUACUACGAAAACGGUACAUUUUCCAGCGAAGACGGUUGUACCGCUGCUGUUACCUCUGGUAAGGCCAAAUUCGUCUUAUACAACUGA